AUGAAAUCCGUGGACUGUGUGCACGUCAUCCAACAGAAGGAUACCGCCUCUGCCCCCCCUGGUGCUGCUUCAGGCACUACGGGACUUUUUUCUGUCACAUUCCUGUGGCUUGCAAUGCUCCUGUCCUCUUGUCUUGCAGCAGUGUCUCUUUACCAUGUUAUCACUCUGAAAACAGAACUAGAAGGUCUGCGCAGCGAGCUGAUCUACAGGGUCCAGGCAAGGUCUCCGUUAGACCUGCCACCCAUGUCCCCUGCUGAAAAUAAAGUGGGUACCCCUGUUUCUUCCUUCUUCCAAGUGUCUGCAGCUGGUUCCAGGCAGGAGAACAGCCUUCCUGAUCCUGGCCCUGGUGAAAGCUUCCAAAAGGAUACCUGGAGUAGGAGCAAAAACAGGGGCAGAAGGUCUGUUAUCCACACAGAAGAGACAGUGCUGCAGGCGUGCUUGCAACUGAUCGCUGACAGCAAAAGUGACAUCCAACAGAGUGAUGAUUCAAGCAUUGUCCCUUGGCUUCUGAGCUUCAAACGUGGAACAGCUCUGGAAGAACAAGGAAAUAAAAUAGUGAUCAAGGAAACAGGAUAUUUUUUCAUAUAUGGCCAGGUUUUAUAUACAGAUACAACAUUUGCUAUGGGACACCUAAUACAGAGGAAGAAGGCCCACGUGUUUGGUGAUGACCUCAGCUUGGUGACAUUGUUUCGUUGCAUCCAAAACAUGCCACAAUCUUAUCCAAAUAACUCUUGCUAUACUGCUGGCAUUGCAAAAUUAGAAGAAGGGGAUGAACUUCAACUUACAAUACCACGGAGAAGGGCCAAAAUAUCCUUGGAUGGAGACAGCACGUUUUUUGGUGCAGUUAGACUUUUCUGA